GUUAAUUUCUGAAGUAGGGACGUUGAUUCUUCCUCCUGGAGCAUGAGAUAGCGGCAAAAACCUCAAAGUCUCAAACCCAACCUCCUUCGAAAUCGUUUUUCUAGUCACCUCCACCCCCCAAACACCAUUCUCAGAGACACCAUUAAUGUUUCUUUUGUGCCCCUUUUCUACUUCUUAAACUCAAUUCCUCAAUGGCGCUUAAAUGGCCUAUCCCCUGCCCAAUCUUCACGCCGCCUCCACUACCUCUGAACCCCAAUUCGAACCCUUCACAGCACCGCCCGUCCACGGAGGUCCGGUUCUCCCGCUGGAACAACGCCAACGCCCAGAAAUUCGAAGAACGCAGGCGUGCCCAGAAGGAAAUUGAAGACGAUAUCCGCCGCGAGCGCCGCUUCGAGUCCGCCACCCGAAUCGCCGACAGUCAUGAAACUGACACUAUCACCACCACCGAAACGUUCAAGUCCGUAGGCACACCCUCCUUUCCUUCCGCCCCUUCAAUUCCGGGCAAGAGAUCUAAGUACUCCAAAAACCCCAACCCUGACCCCAAAAAUGUUCAUCCCGCCUUUCGCCGAACCCAGAAAACGAUUAAAAUCCCCAACUUUUCCCAACCACAGUCACAACCAAGACCGGAAGCUCGGGACGCCAAUAUCACCAUUGGUCCCGAUGGGGUUUCCUACGUUAUCGAUGGAGCUCCGUUUGAAUUCAAGUACAGUUACACGGAGACCCCAAAAGCGAAGCCGUUGAGGCUGCGCGAGCCGCCUUUCGUACCGUUUGGGCCGACAACAAUGCCCCGACCGUGGACUGGGCGGGCCCCGUUGCCGCCGAGCAAAAAGCAGCUCAAGGAGUUCGAUUCCUUCCAGUUGCCGCCGCCGAAUAAGAAGGGUGUCAAACCGGUUCAGUCUCCCGGCCCGUUCUUGGCUGGGUCGGGCCCGCGACCCGCGAGGUCGAGGGAGGAGAUAUUGGGUGAGCCGUUGACGAAGGAGGAGAUUGCGGACUUGGUCAAAGCAUGCAUUAAAACGAAGCGUCAAUUGAAUAUGGGAAGAGAUGGUUUGACACAUAACAUGUUGGAUAACAUCCAUGCUCUCUGGAAGAGGCGGCGAGUGUGCAAGAUAAAAUGCAAGGGCGUGUGUACAGUGGACAUGGACAACGUGCACCAGCAACUAGAGGAGAGAACUGGUGGGAAAAUUAUUUAUCGUAAAGGUGGGGUGCUAUUCCUCUUCCGAGGAAGAAACUACAACUAUAGAACUCGUCCCCGAUUUCCUCUCAUGCUUUGGAAACCUGUUCCCCCGGUAUACCCAAGGCUGAUUCGGCAGGUUCCAGAGGGUCUAACACAUGAAGAAGCAACUGAGAUGCGCAACAAGGGGCAGAAACUUAUACCAAUAUGCAAGCUAGCAAAAAAUGGCGUGUACUGUGACCUAGUAAAAAAUGUCAGAGAGGCAUUUGAAGAGUGUGAACUGGUCCGAAUAGAUUGUCAGGGGAUAAAUGGGAGCGACUACCGAAGAAUAGGUGCCAAACUCAAGGAUCUUGUACCAUGUGUGCUUAUCUCCUUUGCAUAUGAGCACAUACUUAUGUGGAGAGGCUGGAAUUGGAAAUCUACCCUCCCAAAACUAGGUAAUGAUAAUGAGGAAGCCAACACGUCCAAUGUUGAUGAUCCAAGUCUCAAAACACUUGGUACUAGCAUGCACCUUGCAAGUUGUGUGUAUGGGGGUGCAGAGGGAGAUAAGGAUCCAUCCCCAACAGAAAAUGUUAAUCCAUCUGUAGCUACUGAUGCAGAUUCAAACAUGGGGAUGACAUAUAGAAUUGAAACCGAAGCAGAUGUCACAGGGUGUUCUGAUGAUGGGCCUGAAUCUAGGAAGAAUAACUUCAAAAGUGCAACCAUAUCGGAUUCUACUGGCUGUGUUGAUAAACCUAUGAGCACCAACUCUGAAAGUGAUGCCACAUGGGAUAAUAAAAGUUGCACUCACGAAGGACUGCAGAUAACAGUAGGAUCCAACAUCAAAGCGGGAACUGCUGGAAAUGCUGGAAGUAGGGUGGAAGCUGGCAUGGUGGGUUUUGUAACUCAUGACAAGCUGCUACAUGUUUCCGUAGUGGCUCAACAUCCCAACGAGCCGGCAAGGUUGAGUGCACCUUGCACAGAGGGAAUUCUUCAACUAUGGAAACAAGCUGUUGACAAUGGGAGUGCAGUUAUUUUAGAUGGUUCCUCUUUGGAUGAUGACGUUGUUUAUCAAAGGGCAGUUGCCCUUGCCCAGACUGCCGCACCUGGUCCUGUUUUUAGGCAUCGACCUAGAAAGUUAGUGUUUCAAAAGGUGGAGGUGCAAGAAACCAGAAAUUUGAAAGUAAUGGAUGGCACAAUAGUUUCCCCAGAAGGAAGUGAGAAGAAGAGUUCUAAUAUUACGAGAGGGAGAGAUUUCGAUGGCCUUUAUCAAGAUGUAGUACCGCAAGGAAGCUUGAGAGUGGAUGAACUUGCUAAACUAUUAGCCUGAUUCACAUUAAACUUUAUGGCAUUGUUGCUGUCCUUCGCAAAACUUUAUUGGUGUAUUUAAAUUUUAUUUUUCUUCAAGAUAAAUAAAAUUUAGUACGAGGCAUUCUCUUUCUCUUGCA